AUGCUGGGACAGACAGCCGGUCAGAUGCUCGGCCUGCCGGUGGGGCUCAGUGGGGGUCCGUAUUGGCCGCUGAUGCCACUGUUGCUGCUGCUGGCCCGCCUCCAUCAGGGGACAGGCCUGGAGCGCAUCCGCUAUGUGCCCCAGCUCGCAAGCCCCAGCCUGGCAGGGACCCUCACCCAGUCUACCUUCACACUGGAGCAGCCAAAGGGCCAGUUCAGUCGCCUCAACAUCUCUGACUUGGAUGCCAUCUGGCUGGUGGUGGCCCACAGCAAUGCCACCCAGAGCUUCACAGCCCCACAGAGGGUUGAGGACAUCCCAGCCCCUGCCGACUUCACCCGGAGGGGCUACUACCUCACAUUGAUGGCCCACCGGGCCCUCUAUCCGGGCAACCAGACUGGGAACCAGCUCCGGGUCCUCCGCGUUGGCAAUGACACCAGCUGCUCCCUGGCCAAACGGGGCUGCAACGCCCCACUGCCAGGCCCCGGCCCCUACCGAGUGAAGUUCCUGGUGAUGAGUGACAGGGGACCUGUGGCUGAGACGGAGUGGUCCAGCGAGACCCGCUUGCAGCAGGCUGAGGCACUGCAGGCUAUCCCAGGGUCCCAAAGCGCGGGCACCGUGGUCAUCAUCGCCAUUCUGUCUGUCCUGCUGGCUGUCCUCCUCACUGCCCUCCUUGCUGUGCUCAUCUACACCUGCUAUGACACCUGCGGGAGCACUCCCAUUUCGGGCCCAGAGCAGUCGGUGUGCAUGAGAAGAUAUGACACCCACCACGUGACCAGCCCUCCAGCCACGGGGGGCUCCUGAGGAGUCCUCGUCUACCCCGCAGCCUCCGCCCUGGUCCCAGC